UUGGGCUAAUGCGUAAGGCAACAGAAAAGCCCAUCCACUCGAGUAGAGAGGGGUGAAAGCCGAACAUGCGGAAGCAGGAGCAGAUGAAGUGACUGCCCGACCCGGUCACUGAAGCCUGCUUCUCGGUGUUGGCACUCUCAUGUUGAAUAACUGUGUCAUUAUAAGUCUUUAUAACAGUCUUUCUUAAGAAGAGCUCCAAUGUGCUUCAUUCAAACACAGAGAAGGGACGGAUGUUUGACUCUGACAGUUAGUUAGCUCUUCCUGGUGCCUCACUUUGUGACAUCAUGGCUACAAAAAGCAGGUCUGUGCUGCAGAGAGUGUGCACUGCUCUCAGAGCGCCCACUGUCUGGUACCAGAGCUCAGCCUCGACCUCCAGUCAAGGACGCCUGCUGCUGUGGAAACCUCAACACAGACACCUGAGCUGCUCAUACACACUCUGCAGGUCUGCUUCUCCAGCCACAGGUCCCAUCAGUCUGUCGUUCAGGAGUCACACCUGUGGAGAGCUGACAUCACAUCAUGUGGGAGAGAAAGUCACUCUGUGUGGCUGGGUCCAAUACCGCAGGCUGGACCUGUUUGUUAUCCUGCGAGACUUCAGUGGCCUGGCACAAGUUCUAAUACCUCAGAAAGAAUCUGCGAGUAAUUUGAAAGCGUUGUUGUGUGAUCUCACAACAGAGUCUGUCGUCAAGGUUACAGGAACAGUCACACAACGACCAGCGGGGCAGGAGAACAAGGGGAUGCCAACAGGUGAAAUAGAAAUCCUGGCUGAGAGUGUGGAGGUUUUUAAUGUGUGCAAGACGUUGCCUUUUGAAAUUAAAGACAUUGUCAAAAAAUCUGAGUCUUUGCGGAUGAAGUAUCGCUACCUGGACCUGAGGUCCUCUAAGAUGCAGAGGAACCUCAGAUUGAGGUCUCAGCUGGUGAUGAAGAUGAGGGAAUACCUCUGUAAUGCGCACGGUUUUGUCGACGUGGAAACUCCUACCUUGUUUAAAAGAACACCAGGGGGAGCCAAAGAGUUUCUGAUUCCAUCCAGAGAGCCGGGCCGGUUCUACUCUCUGCCCCAGAGUCCACAGCAGUUUAAACAGCUGCUCAUGGUGGCUGGUAUAGACAGGUACUUUCAGAUGGCUAAGUGCUACCGAGAUGAAGGCUCCAGACCAGACCGGCAGCCUGAGUUCACCCAGGUAGACAUAGAAAUGUCUUUUGUGGACCAGGCAGGCAUCAUUUCCCUGGUGGAGGGUCUGUUGCAUCACUCCUGGCCUGAAGAGAAAGGUCCCAUCAAGGUUCCUUUCCAAACCAUGACAUAUGAAGAGGCCAUGAGGGACUACGGUGUGGACAAGCCUGAUGUCAGAUUCUGUAUGAAGCUGAUCGACCUCAGUCAGGUUUUCUUAUCCACGGAAAUUAAAUUCCUUAGAUUAGCUCUCAGCCAACCAGGAGGCUCUGUUCAGGCCAUCUGCGUCCCCAGUGGAGCGAAACUAUUUACUGGAAAUGAUUUGGAAGAACUCAAACAAAAGGCUAAGACUCAGUUUGGCCAGGAACUCAGCGUGGUGCUGGUGAAAGCAGAUGGGACUUUGAAGUCUCCCCUGAAGAAGCUGCUGUCCGUCUCAGCCACAGAGGAGCUGCUGCAGAGGACUGGAGCAAAACCAGGAGACCUGCUGCUGCUGGCAGCUGCUUCCCUCCACACUGUGCGCCCGUUGCUGGGUAAUUUUCGUCUGCAGUGUGCAGAGCUCCUGGAGUCACAUGGCAUUUCAGUCCGCGACCCCUCAUCCUUCUGCUUCCUGUGGGUUGUGGACUUCCCUCUUUUUUUGCCAGUAGAAGAGGAGCCAGAGCGGCUGGAGUCAGCCCAUCAUCCAUUUACUGCUCCACUGCCAGAGGACACACACUUACUCUACACAGAGCCACACAAGGUCCGUGGUCAGCACUAUGACCUGGUGUUGAACGGCUGUGAGAUUGGAGGAGGCUCCAUGCGCAUCCACAAGGCCUCAGAGCAGCUUCAUGUCCUGAAGAGUAUCCUCAAGGAGGACCCCAGUCUUCUCUCUCACCUGCUGGAUGCUCUGGACUCAGGAGCACCACCACAUGGAGGCAUUGCUCUGGGCUUGGACCGGCUGGUCUCCAUUAUGGUCGGGGCUCCCAGCAUCCGUGACGUUAUUGCCUUCCCCAAGUCAUUCCGGGGUCAUGACUUAAUGAGCUGCGCCCCUGACUUUGUUUCUGAGGAGGAGCUGAAGUCUUACCACAUCUCUGUCAAGUGGCCCACAGAGCAAGCAGGAGGAGGGGAGGAGGGGAAGUGAGGAGGUAAAGAAGGAAGAGAUAAAGUGACAUCGGAGGACGGGGUGAUGCCCUGCCAGAUCUUUGUAACCCACUCAACGGAGGAAAGAGCGUAAGAACAAGGAGACAGAGAUGAGCAGACAACUAGCAGGUGGUGUAGAGACUGUACUCUGUAAAGAGCUCUGCCAGCUGGUCGACUGAUAUAAGAGGAAGAGAGAAAAUUAGGAGGAGGUGAUGCUUUGGCUGCAUCUCAGUACUGUUACUUUGAAAUGGAAGAAAACAUGGAAUUGAAUCAGCCACCGGCAUACAUUAUGGAAACCUAGAAAAUUGACUGGUUUAACAGAGAUGAAGGUUUUACCAAGUCCCACUGAUAAAGCUGCAACGAUUAGUAAACUAAUCGAUUAGUUGAUCAACAGAAAAAUAAGCAAUUAUUUUAAAACGAUUAAAAGUUAUUUUUCAUGCAAAAUUGUCAGUAAAUGCUGUUUUCAGCCUCUUAAAUAU